CGCACCCAUUCACGAGUUACUGGAAAGAGGCCUCUCGAAAGACCUUCGUUUACCACUGUCCACAAAUACCUAAUAUAUACAUAAUUUAUUCAUACACACUCUGCAAGUCUGCGUGUGUGUGUCACUGCGUGUCUGCGGGAUUGAGAGUCUUUGCCAGGGAUUUUCUCAAUGGAGCUUUUUAGAAGUAAAUCAUUGGUAUGCCCUGUUGAUCAGCAUUGUUCCCAAUGGGCAAGAAAGCUCAUGGGCUACUGUCUCUGCGGGAAAAGGGAUAUGCUGUCAUUGGCUUUGGGUGUGAUUAGUGUGGUGAGUUGGAGUUUGGCUGAGGUACCGCAACUCAUCACGAAUUAUCGGAGCAGAUCGGCUGAGGGGCUCUCGUUUUUAUUUCUUACGACAUGGAUUGUCGGAGAUUCUCUCAACCUAUUUGGCUGCAUUUUGGAACCAGCUACUCUUCCAACUCAAUAUUAUAUGGCGUUGUUAUAUACAAUUACAACCCUUAUUCUUUUCUCGCAAGCUGUUUACUAUGGACACAUCUAUCCACGACUUAAGUCCAACAGGAAGCAUGAGGCUUCUCAGGCGGGGCCCGGGGAAAGAAGAACGGGGCAAAUUUGUGCUGUUGAUAUAAAAAAGGCUGAUAAUUUAGAGACAGCUGGAUUUACUCCGAGCUCGCCUAUUCCCGUUGCAUACAAUUCACCAGAUAGUUCCGGAGAACUAUUCUUUAUGUCAGCAAGAUCACUUUCAGUCUGUCAUACACCACCACCUUUAGGAUCUUUCCUUGCAUCAAGAACUUCUAACUUGGAAGUUGAACCGAAUUUGCUCGAAGAACCAUUGCUAGGUGAAGUUAGUUCGUCACAAUCUGCGCCUCCACCCAAAGUUAAAACUAUGCUUUGUGUGGUUUCCUUGAUGACAUUUGUACUUAUGGAAAGCCGUAAAAACAACACAGUUUUUAAAAGUCCAACCGAAGGCAUUGUGUUGAGAGUGGGAAGACAACUUUUGCAGGCCACUCUAAGGUCAACACAAGAAACUGUGUCUGCAGAGAGCAAUGGGAUUGGAACAUAUUUCGGUUGGGGAAUGGCAGCUAUUUACAUGGGCGGACGUUUACCCCAAAUUUGUCUGAACUUUCGAAGGGGGAAUGCUGAGGGGCUUAACCCGCUAAUGUUUGUUUUUGCUCUUUUUGGCAACUCUACAUAUGUGGCAAGUGAACGGGCGUUUGUGAAGGCAGCUGGUGCUUCGAGUGCAGAGACACUUCUGAUCUUACUGUAAAAAUUCAGCAACUUUCAGAUUUUGCCGCUAUUUCCUUUAUUUAAAAAAAAAAAAAAACUUUUCUAGUAACUAUUUCUGUUGCUUUUCGGCUCUACCUUUUUUUUUGGUCUCCCAUACAUUCUUUUGUGCCCUCAUGUAGAUGUGGCUUCAGUAUUGUUGCUCAGAUCUUCUCGUAAAAUUUGAUUCGUUUGCUUUUCGGGUUUUGAUGAUGGUGAGUGCGUUGUGGAUUGUGGGAGGGAAGAAUGGAGAGUACUAGCCAUUGAGAAGAGGUGAAAAUGGCUGUUUUUUAUUGAAAUCUUGAUGAGUUUUUGCCAUGUUUUUGUUGUUGUGGACCUUGUGGUUUUACAUGGAAUUGCACUUGUGGUGUUGGCUUAGUUUUGCCAAGAGAAAAUAUCUUGCUAAAAA